AUGGAGUCUGCCCGGAGCCUCUACAAAAAUGACAUCGAUUUUGCAGCCUUGGCGCUGCAAUCGCGCGACUUCGCCAAGCACUUGAAACCAAACAGCCAGCUGGACUUUACUGAUCCGGCCGCCGUCCGACAACUUACCACCACCCUCCUGCAACAAGAUUUUCACCUGGAAGUCGAUAUCCCCGAGGAUCGACUAUGUCCACCGGUACCAAAUAGACUCAACUACAUCCUCUGGUUACAAGACCUCCUCGACUCCACAGCUGGAGGACUGCACGAGGGAUAUGUUCGAGACCGGGAGGUCGUUGGCCUCGACAUGUACGUAAUGACUCCCUCCGAUCUCUGCAUCAUGGCUGACAAGGUGAAGCGGAACGGGAUGCAUCGGUAUCUACCCCUGCUGGGUUGCGCGACACGACCACGGUGGAACUUUGUAGCCACAGAUAUCGACUCGAACAAUAUUCGCACCUCCCAGCAUAAUGUGGCCCUGAACAACCUCGAAUCUCGCAUUCAAAUCGUACAUUCUGACCCCAACGGGCCGCUCAUCCCGCUAGAAAAGCUGGGCUGUCAAACCCUUGACUUCACCAUGUGCAAUCCACCGUUUUACACCUCGUCCAACGAGUUGAAGCAAUCUGCCGAACAGAAAGAACGAGAGCCCUUCUCUACAUGCACCGGCGCCGAGGUAGAAAUGGUAACCAGCGGCGGAGAAGUAGCUUUCGUGAAGCGAAUGAUCGACGAGAGUCUCCAGCUGCGCGAGCGGGUCCAGUGGUACACAUCCAUGCUCGGCAAAUUGAGCAGUAUCAACGCACUGGUGGAGAUGCUGAUCAAGCACGGUAUCACCAAUUUCGCAGUGACCGAGUUCGAACAGGGAAGCAAGACGAAGCGCUGGGCGGUGGCAUGGUCAUGGGGAGACAGAAGGCCUGCCAUGAAUAUUGCACGUGGACUACCCGGCUGCCCGAAGAGUCUCUUGCCUUUCCCUGCUGAUUACACAUUCACGCUACCACCCGGUACGUCUAUUGACACAGCCACUGCUACCAUAAAUGCAGAACUUAGCUCGUUGCCUUGGUUCUGGACGUGGGAUCAGGCACGUUCUGCGGGGACGGGAUUCGCUGCUGAGAAUGUGUGGUCGAGAUUCGCCCGUCGGAAGAUGAAACUUGCCGGUGAGGAGGAUGCGGCUAAAUUGAAGGCCAUUCCAGACCAGGUGGCACUUGGAGUACGUCUGCAGAUACGGCUGGUCCGGGGCCAGAAACCCGAGGAGAAGGAGGUGAAGGUUUUAGUACGCUGGGCGCAGGGGACAGAUACCGUCUUAUUCGAGAGCUUCUGCGGGAUGGUGAAGAGGAAGUUGGAAUCAAAGUGA